AUGCUUCAACAAUACUUGAAGGAUCAAGAUGAGAGUACAAAGAAGAUGGAGAGGAGAAUCGAUUUCAUCCAUGAGAGUCUUGGAAACAAAUCUGAAGUCCUAUUCAAGCAAGUGAUCAAGCUUGAUGAAGACAUAAAGAAGCUUAGAGAAGACCAUGAUCGAUCUCUAAACCUUAUAAGACUUGAUGUUGCUGCCAAAUAUCAAGAGUUGCUCAAAAAGAGCAUGAAGAUUGAAGAUACCAACUAUGAUAAUAGCAAACACCUUGGAUCGAUCUACAACCGCCUACAAGCCCUUGAAGGAUCAUCUAACUGA